AUGGGUUUUCUUGGUGGUGGCACCAUUAUUUCCUAUGGCACAGUUUGCUUUGUUUUUUGGUUGCGUGCAGCCGCACACCCCUGCGAAUCAGAGGUGCAAAGUGCCUGCCCCGAGCGAGCCAGCUCCGAACUAGCCAGGUGUCUCAAAGACAAAUCGGAGCACGAAAGUCCUACAGAGAUUUCAUCCGCAUGUGCGGAUUUCAUAGCGCUGAAUGUGGCAUGCGCAGAUGACAUCGUAAAGUCCUGUGAUGAGGCCUUCUUUACUGAAGACACUGCCUUGUGCCUUUCAACAUGGACUGCGAAGGAAGACUUGACACCAAAGUGUGCAGGAGUGCUAGAUUGGGCUUUGCCAAAGAGUCAGGCCUCAGACGAUGAAGCGCCAACCGAUGAGCUGGGCAUGUCAGAAAAGGACUAUGCCGAGAAGCAAGAGUGGCGG